UAUAAGAGGAAUAAAACGCUUCAUGGUAUUUUCCCUACAUCAUUUGAUUCUAUAUCGAUACUAAACAUACACAGAACACACAAAUCACUUUAUAAAAGGCAACGUUUAGAUUUGAAUCUUUCAUCAUCCACUUCCUAUUUCAUACACCAAGCUUUACGGUCUUUUACACUUGGAUGUGUCUCUUAAGCUGAACAAAAAAGGAAUUUGAAUGUCAGAGUUGUUUAUUGUUCAUGAAUCCUUAAAGAAAUGCAGUCUGAAGCGUUUUAUUAUGCUAAUAAUUUUCUAGCACAUCUCCCCAGUUUGCCCCACCAAAGCCUUUUCCUGCAUUUCAAUGACUCCUAUGUCCAACAUUAGCAUAGCGCGAUGGUACAAGAGGUUCCUCCGGUGUACAGUGCUGAUAACAACGUAGCCUAAGAAAUCUUUGAAAGUGCUUGUUAUCAGUGGAAAAAAAACUGGGUUAGGCUAAUGAGCUUUCUCCUGCUCAGGUUCUCAUCCUUCAGCGAAAUGGUUGAAAGCUGCUUGGGGUAACAGGCUGAAAAUCACUGUGGCUGCAAAUGGUCUGUGUACUGUAUAUUAAAGACACGUUAAUCUCCUGCUUGGCUUUUUUUAAUGGAAGCAAAGUGUCAAAAUACGAUGUUACGGAUGUUUGUGGAUUUCUCAGCAUUAUUAUGGCAUGUUUGUAUUCUGUUUUCUGCCUCCUGUGUGGCUGUAUGAGAGGAACCAGUGGCAGUUGUGUAAAGAUAUGUGAGGAGUUGACCAAAGCAUGUUCGAGAACUCGAGUGCAGGCGAGCAGCUGAAGCAGGGGACGAAGAUGAGCUCUGGCUCUGGCCGCAAGGACUUCUCUCCAGGAGGCCAAAAAAGCAGCACACACCUGAAGAAUCUGGGGAAAGCCAUGGGGGCCAAAGUCAACGAUCUACUGCGUCGUAAAGAGACUGGGAGUUUGGGCGACAUUGGCGUGACUGAGGUCAACAAGAACUUCGGAGCAGUGUGGUCCAGCCACAAAGUGACUGCUAACAGCCACAUUUCACUGGACUCCUUCCCUCGCCUUGAUCCUCCUCCUCCCACCAACAAGAAGCGUCUCCCUCGUGCUUUGAAGACCACUCAGGAAAUGAUGAUCUCCUCUGACCCUGUGGUGGCUUCUCCAGAGCCCUCAGACUCCUCCUUUCUGUCCUCCCCAGAGAAGAUCCAAGUCAAAGUCCCUGAGCAACCUGAAAAUCCUGAGAAACUCUCAGGAACUAAUAACACUCUGGAGGUCUGGACAGAAGAGGAGAAUGGAUCAAGGGUGAAAGGCCAGUCUGUUGAUAUGGAUGGCGUCCAAACAGCUGAUGAACAGAACGAAAAUGGCACUGUGGAUGAAGACCAGUUACACAUGCUGCUCUCGGUUCCGGAUCUCAUCCACAAGGACGGCCUAGAGCUCAAGCAGAAACUGAGCGGCUCUGAGAGUAGAAUGGCGUCCUCGCCAUGUCCAGGGAAAGGAGACGGACGCAUCAGCACGAGUGGGGGAGAACUUCUUCGGAACGGGUCAGUGGAACAUAUGAGAACCUCCAGCGGGGAGAACGAAGAACCUCACCCGGACCUGCUUUCAUUUGAAUAAAACCUUUAUUCAGACAAGCUCGAGAACAAUGUCACGAUAUUCUUCCUGAUCUUCAGUCAUCUUGAUGGUGGUUUUACUGAAAAAGCCCUCAGUGAUGAUUACACAAGAGAACUGCCUCCUUAAUGGAGCCAAGAGACAGGAUUUCUCAUCAUGACAUUUCUGUGAACCACUGUAUUCUCUGUGUAUGCGCUAUAACGUGUUUAUUAAGCCUCACUUUAUGUAUUAUCACAGAAAUAUUCAGAAUAUUUUAGUCUAAUUACUUUUAUAUCUCAAAUCACUAUUUUAGAUUUUUUUUUUAAAUUUCAGAGAUUGUUGCUGUGGAUUUUACACUAAAGGAUUGAAACAGCCUGUCAGUAGAAGCCAAAGUGAGAACAUUUUAUUUGCUGUAACACUUAUGCCAUAUCCAGCUUCCAUCAAACUGCACACUCACCCUGUGUUCACACUGGCAAGUGAUACGGAGACUCAAUAUGCUCACAGCAUUUAAUAUGCAUAUAGUUAUAGUUAGAUUAGUGCUUUAGUACCAUGUUUAAUUAGCCAUGUGUCCAUCCAAGUGAUAUUACAGUGAUGCCUCGAGAUACGAGUGCUUUGACAUACGAGCUGUGAUUCAACCAAAUUUUUGGCUUGAGAUACGAGCAAAUUUUUGAGAUACGAGCAGCCGAGCCGCCGAAACAAAGAUCCCCAAACAACCACGUGUGCUCUGUUUCCCCGCCUCAGCUUCCCGCGUCUCACUCGGUUAAAGCCGCCUUUCCACUUCACACGGCAAACGACGGCCGAUAAACAGGAAGUCAUUCAUUUCCUAUGGAGAGUCGCAAAGGCGCUGCGUGAGGUGCCGACCAUCUGCGGAGCUGUCAUUUUCGGAUCCGUUUUGAGCGUUGGAUCCGUUAAAAAAUGUGAACUUGUGCGACUACACCGCAUCUGAUAUGCCGACCGGACAGGUUUUUAUUAAAACGACCGGCAGAUGUUAGUGAGGAAAGAGUGACAAAAAAGGAAAAAACAAGUGAAGAGAAAAGCGAUGAAGAAAAUUAAGCAAAAUGAAUGUAAAGAAAACAGAAAUUGUAGCAAUUAAGUUCAGUUAAGUUAAGAGAAUUUCAGUUACGUUUGUUCAUUUUAGUGAAGUUUAGUUAAGUUCCAUUUAAGUGUAAAGUAGCAUUAAGAGUGUACAGUAGCGAGUAAGUGAACGAAAGUGAAAGUGUAAUUCCUCCUAACUCCUCCGCCUGUUUACUCCUCCGCCUGUUUACUCCUCCCUCAACCUCCGUGCGCAUCUUCCGUAAAGUAAAACCAGUUUAUUUUUUUAACAUUCUCUUUUAUUACUGUAUGUUUUUAUACAAUAUUUGUCAUUUAUAUAUACAGGUACUGAACAUUUUUCAUAUUCAAAACACAUAAACAAAACAACUGGAGUGGAAUUCUGCGAGCUGGAACGGAUUAAUGGGAUUUCAAUUCAUUUAAAUGUGGAAAAUUGUUUUGAGAUACGAGCAAUUUGAGAUACGAGCAAAGUCACGGAACGCAUUAAACUCGUAUCUCGAGGCAUCACUGUAUUUCAAUCUGGGAAAACAUGUAUGUGAUAUUUUACAUAUCACCAAUACAUUAUUCUGAUAACUUUAGCAGGCCGAUCGUUUGUCUAAGCUAUUUCAUUUUAUGCAUAAUAAUGCAUAAUGUCAAUGCAAGCUAUUCAUGACAGGAGGUGAAAUGAAGCAAUAAAUGAGCUUGAUGCACUCCCAAAGCUAAUCAUAGUAUUAUGAGAUAUAACAGGCUGAGGUUUUUAGGUUGCGAUUCUACAGAGACAUGAUGGUGACAUUCCUAUUAAAUAACAAUAAUGCAUUAGUUUUAUGUCAGCAGUGAGGCUCUGUACUACUACUUCAAACAAUAUCAACACUGUUGUGAAAUUUCCAGCGUCCACAAAACAGAUACUUAGUGGGCACUACAUAUCAUUUCUUGGGCAUUAUACAGUAUAUUCAGCUACAUAUAACACAGAUAACAUCAAUUUGACAUUAGUCUGUAUGUGUUUCCCAGUUCUUUUAUUGGAAAGAUGGGGAUUACCUAGAAGAAGCAAACUCGGAGUGACGUCUCUAACUUCCACGCUGGUUUUUGAACACAGAUGCAGUCUCCAAACUCUUAGCCACUUUAAUCACUUCCAGUAAGAGGAAUCCACAAAUCUAAGCCAUAGGGUCAUUUUUCUGAGAUCUGUGAAUCAGCAGUCAGGCAGAAGAUCCUGGAAGGAUAGAGGCGAGAAGGAUGCUUAAGGAAUGUAGGGGCUGAAUUAGCGGAAAAAUAGAAAAGCUGAUUGAUUUAAGAUGCUAAUGAUUGUGAUAGAUGGUAGAUGUUUGGUAGAACUACAGCUAGGUGUUAACAAUGCAGGAACUAGAAAGUAAGACACUGGUGGAUGUAUAAUCACAACAGGGUCCAGGAUCCUGGUGCUACAUAAAACAAAGACAGAGCUAAGGACUUAGUAAGUUAGUCCUAGAUACAUAAAGUGCAUCUGUGCAACCUGGUGCAAACAGUGCAGGACAAGACAGACAAGACAGCGCAGGACAAUACAAACAAGACAGUGCAGGACAAGACAGACAAGACAGUGCAGGACAAGACAGACAAGACAGUGCAGGACAAUACAAACAAGACAGUGCAGGACAAGACAGACAAGACAGUGCAGGACAAGACAGACACGACAGUGCAGGACAAUACAAACAAGACAGUGCAGGACAAGACAGACAAGACAGUGCAGGACAAGACAGACAAGACAGUGCAGGACAAGACAGACACGACAGUGCAGGACAAUACAAACAAGACAGUGCAGGACAAUACAAACAAGACAGUGCAGGACAAAAGACAGUGCAGACAAAAGGUUACAAGACAAUACACAAAAUACAAAAAAGACAAUACACAAAAGACAGUAAACAAAAAACAGCGCCGACCGACCAGUGUCAACACUAUAUGUAAAUACUGUAAGUUCAGACAAUAUUGCGUGCAGUAAUACUAAACUGAACACAGUUUCUUAGCAGCAGGUCCCUGAGAUAGUGUCUAGGAGGGAAAAUACAGCAGAACAGAAUGAGGCCCAGGAGGCUGAGUGGAGGAUUCGGUUAGGAAGGAUCUGAGAGCUGCUGAUGCUCAGAGUGAUGUCCAGCUUGAGGAAUGGCACUAAUGAGGCUCGGUCUGUGCAAAGCCAUAAGAACAGGCCUAGAAAAACCAGCGAACGCUGUAACGCGACUUGUGCUGUUGAAUUCUCAAUUCUGAUUGGACAGAUGUUUUUGAUUAAUUUUCUAUAAGAGCAGCAAAACCUACAGUAGUGUUAUAUCAAUGUGCUUGUUCUUAUACAUCAUCAUUUCCAUAGCAACAACUUGCACACUGACUCGUAUGGGGCAAGUGCUUUACUUUUUAGACGUUUUCUUUUACGGAGGUUUUUAUCCUUUAGUGAAAGGAGUCUCCAGUGUCGAUACUUUGUAAGAGUCAGAGGUGAAGCUGUGCCUUAAAGAGUUCAGACACGAGAAAGCCUUCAAGAUGGAAGACUUUGUAUUUUCAACAAAUCUGUCGGGUUUAUUUUAUUUAUUCAUUUUAAAGUUAAAGGGAAAAAAGAAGAGGAAACCCAAUUGUUUUUAGCUGCUAGAACAUAAGGAAAUAACACAAGGAACUUAAUGUAUUUCACAGAAAAUAAUUGGUCUCAGUCAGACUUCAUUCUGUAUCCCAUGAUCCUUUUGAAGGACAGUGUUUCAAAUCCUCUUCUUCCACCGACCUCAAACUCUUUCAGACUUUUCCUACUCUUAGCGUAGCAGCGUUAAAAUCUAGAUUUAUGCCUUUUAUGAGGGACGUCUUGCAAUGUUUAGUCGUUUCAAUACGCUCGGAACGAAUACCGAGAUGUGUUUUGAUUGGAGGAGGUGAUGAGCAAUUGCAGAAAGAAAAGGCUUUGAAAUAAAUUGUAGGUCAGUACGAUUAAAAAAAAAAAAAAAAAAGCAUUGUUUAGGUUGUGUUUGAGUGAUGGAUUUAUUCUUUACUUCAACUUGUCCUUCACGAUAAUGAAAGAUGUUUAUAAACGGAGCCUCAAUCAAUGAGGACAUGCGUUUCAUUUCAGCAGUGAGUCAGCCUCUCGCUGUGCCAACGCCGUGUGUGCCGCUUGCUGGAUGUGCCACUGGGUCAGACAAUGUAAUGUUAUUGUAUGAAUAUUUUAAAUGUAUAUGUGCUGGGGAAAAUAAAUCUAAGCCGCUAAAAUAAUAUUUUUUGUUUUAGACAGAUUUGGAAGUGAUUUUUAUUGUGAUAGGAUUGUUUUAAAAAGAGAAGAUUUAUUAUUGUCAUUUCUUUGAGUUCUAUUUGCGGAUUAUUAUUAUUAUUAUUAUUAUUAUUAUUGUUCUUUCUUUUUGAUUCAUUUCUUUUUUCGUUUAUUUUGCUUUUAAACCGCCGCAUUUCACUUUAUAAUAAUAACGUUAGGGAAAAUGAAGGAAGGAAAAUGUUGAAGGAAUGUUUUAUGAAGGUUUUCUGAGAACACGAAAAAAAGAAAGUAUAAGACAGAUUACAGAUUUUGUAUUAAAGACAUUUUUUUCAGA